CCCCCGAACCCGGAAGCAAGGGUUAUGACGACUGGGAAGAAGACGAUCUAGUGGUGUUUUCAUGGAUCGUCGAUAACAUCGAAAAUGAAAUCAUCGCCGACUUUGCUCAUCACCUAAUGGCGAAAGCUCUGUGGGACAGCCUCGCCAUAACGUUUGAAAACAAGGCGGACAAGUACCUCAUAUACGACCUGGAAGAGAAAGCAAUCACAAUCAGACAAGGAGAACUGGAAUUGGAGACGUAUUACCGGAGAAUCAACGGGCUAUGGAUCAAUAUCGAUCGUUGCCAGAAACAGCCCGUCACUUGCUGCGAUAAGGGCGUAAAUCAGUAUCGAACACAUUCAAACGAAAAACGAUUGUUCAAGUUUCUGACCGGACUCAAUCAGGAGUAUGAUUCCAUCAAGCGAGAGAUCCUCAAAGAAGACCCCUACCGGUAGGAUAAGAUAAAUGUAGCAUUUUUUGUGGAUUUCAAGAUGCCACGUAUGCAUCCUUCACAAUACAAGAUUGGUUUUCUAUCUAUUACAAUUCUUCAUUUUCAUUUGCAUAGAGAGAGAGAGUUGUUAAUCAUGGCUGCUUAUGGAGCUCUGGUUUCUCUUAUGCAUAUCAUAGAUACCCUCGACAAACAUCCUUCUCCUCCCAUUUCUAUCAACCAAAAACAAGUUCAAUCCCUCACUCAAAACAUUACCUUCUUGCAGGAGUUUCUUGAUUGCUAUAUUUCCCCUUAUGCUGAUAGCCAUGAAGCUGAUCCAUGGGAGCGUCGCAUUGCUGAUGCAGUUUACGUGGCUGAGGAUGUUAUCGAAUCCCAUAUUGUUGAUCAAAUUCAGAGUGGAUCCACCGUUGAAGAUCAUGAAUUCUAUCACAACCUACAGAGAGUGAUAGAAGAAAUGGAUCUGAUCAACAAAGAGGUGAAGAGCAUUGCAGUUGAAGCUCAGACCAAGCAGAGGCCUGUUGCUGCCUUAACACCAUCUUCUUCCACUGUGAAAGAGAACGUGAUUGUGGGCUCUAAAGAAGUGUUUUAUGAAGUUCUAGAUAAGCUCGCUGGAAAUCAACUCAACCUCCAAAUCAUCCCCAUCACGGGGAUGGGUGGCAUUGGUAAGACCACUCUUGCCAUGAAUCUAUUUGAGAAUGCACUUGUUAAGGAGCGCUUUAAUAUACGUGCUUGGACUACAAUUUCUCAAACUUAUAAUGUUAGAGAAACACUUAGAGUUCUUUUUCGAGCUAGUGGAGAUUCAAGUAGUGAUCUGAGUGAGGAUGAACUGGGACAAAAAUUAUACCAGUUUUUGUUCGGUAGGAGAUAUCUCGUAAUAAUGGAUGAUAUGUGGAGCAUAGAGGCGUGGGAGAAGAUAAAAUUUUUCUUUCCUGAUAACCAUAAUGGGAGUCGAAUAAUCGUAACAACUAGGCUGUCUGACUUGAGUUCUCAGUUGAACGAGUCUUGUAUAGUUGACAUGAAAUUUCUAGAUGAGGCUAGUAGUUGGGAUUUAUUUCGUAUGACCGUGUUUGGGAAAGAAAGUUGUCCAAUUGAGUUGGAGAAUAUUGGAAAGCAUGUUGUAGCAAAUUGUAAAGGACUUCCUUUGUCAAUUGCUACAAUAGGAGGUCUAUUGGCAAAAUCUGAGGGCACAAAAGAAUGUUGGGAGCGUAUAGAGCACAAUUUGAAUUCCAUUGUUAUUAACACUAACGAUGGAUUUUGCUUGAAAAUAUUGAGGAUGAGUUAUAUCUAUAUGCCGAACUAUUUAAAGCCAUGCUUUUUGUAUAUGGGUGUUUUUAAGGAAGGUUACUGUAUCCGUGUGUCAAUGCUUGAGAAGUUAUGGGUUUCGGAAGGAUUUUUAAAACCAAGGAGUGGAAAAUGUUUGGAAACACUUGCGCAAGAGUAUUUUAAGGAAUUGGUUGAUAGAAAUCUCGUUUUAGUUGAUGUGUUGGGGUCUAUAGGAAACGUUAAGUAUUGUAAAAUUCAUGAUUUGUUGAGAGAUUUGUGUUUGAAAGAAGCUGAAAAGGAAAGAUUUUACCAUGUCGUAAGAGAUGAUCCUCCGGCCAGUAUUAGCGAACGUCGAGUCGUUCUUAAAACUGCAGGGUUGUUAGGAUCUUUGUCACACACUCGUACAAUAAUAUGUGAGUACAACGAAACAGCAAGUGAGGAUGAGACAGCAAGUGAGGAUGGCAAAUUUCUACCGUCUCAGGAUCUUCGAUUGUUGAGGACAUUCAAAGCAUGUGAUUUUGAAAGUUAUUUCGUGGCAAGUGUUUCUGAUUGGUAUUUACUAGAAAAUGUGAUUGAAUUGGUGAACUCACGGUACCUUGCUAUCAAUGUUCUUGAUGAGUCCAGAUUCUCUAGUUCAAUUGGUCUCCUUUGGAAUCUGCAGACAUUGAUUAUUUAUUCAUCUUCUUCGAACUGUCUUCAUGUACCAAAUGAAAUUUGGAAACUGCAUCAACUUCGGCAUCUUGAAUUUAGGAUGUACGAAUUGAUUCUCCCAGAUCCUUCUGGUAGUGAGGUUGUUGUCAUAGAGAAUCUGCAGACACUCAGAGGAGUGACGAAUUUGUUAUUGAAUGAGGAGAUGGUUAAAAGAAUUCCUAAUGUGAAGAAAUUGCAUCUAACUCUCACUUCGAAUCAAAUGGAGGGAGAAAAUUAUCUUCAUUGCUUGAGUAAAUUGGAAAACUUUUACUGCUCCAUCUGUCGAGAUUGUGAUGACUUUUUGCUGAGGAUUAAUUUCCCCAACUCUAUCAAGAAGUUGGCUGUUAGCGCCAUUUAUGACACGGAGUUGGAACACAUAUUGCCUAAAAUCGGUUCAUUACCUCUUCUUGAGAAGCUCGAAUUAAAUUUUGGUGUCUUCAAAACAGGCAAGUGGGAAACAAUUGAAGGCCAGUUCCAGAAGCUCAAGUUUCUACAUUUGUGGCAUUGUUUUGGUCUAGUAAAUUGGAUUGUGUCAGACAGCUCCCACUUUCCACUUCUCCAGAAUCUUAGUCUCGAUGAGUUAUCUUAUCUUGAGGAAAUCCCAUCUGAAGUUGGAGAAAUAGCAACGCUGAAAUCGAUUUGGAUGUAUGAUUGCAGUGAAACAGCUGUGGCGUCAGCGAAAAAGAUAGUAGAAGAACAUGAGGAUCUAUAUGGAGAGCAAUUAGACCUUCAUGUGGUGAUAGAUUAGAAUGUAAUUUGGUAAAUAUUGGACUGCAAAAGAGUCUUGUUUGGUUCCUCUCAUUGUGGAGCUGAGUGAGGCCAGAGCCGAGGACAGAGAAGAGGGAGAAUGGCCGGAGAUUAGUGGCGCGGUGGAGGGAGUCGACGGCGGCGGCGGAGGGAGAUUCUUCCAUCGCUAUACACAAAUGGUUAUUUGUAUUUAACUUUUUGUUGUUUUAGUGACAUUAGUGAUAUGAUUUUGAAUUUAUUUUAUAAACGAAACUUUGUUAGAGACUAUUUUUGUGGAGUAGUAUUUUGUGUUCAUGAUUUUAAGAAGAUAAAAUUUUCUAUUUUUAA